AUGGAGGAAAUUGCAGAUAUAGUCCGCGAGAUUGGUCGGCAGCAGGGUGAGAAUGCGUAUUACCGCGCUUGUUACGACUAUCUUAAGCAGUUGCAAGACUCGGUAUCCCAGGCUUUUGAUGACUUGUGUCAGUUUUAUCAAGAAGCUACGUUCAAUCCUUCUUGCGACUCCUGGCCCGCUCACCAAGUGGCCGAGCGAUUACGGUGGUCAGUUUAUAAAUUGGGCGAACAAGAAACAAAAGCUCAGCUGGCUCUAGUGGAACUGUACAGUCUGAAAAAUGGAGUUUAA